AUGGGUACAGAGAUUACGAUACCCGUAGAGGUACUGUACAUCAUGGGAGGCGCCAUGAUGGCCGUUUUUCUACUCGUCGCCGCUGUUUUCAAGUUUGUAAUCCUUUUCAGAAAAUAUUUUUCGAAACAUCUAGAGCUUAUGAAUAAUAUCGAUAUGUUAAAUCACUUGUAAAAAAAUUUUUGUGUAACUAUUUUAAUCACGAAUUCUAGUUUCUUUUCCAAAUUAGCUCUUUUCAUAGAACAUAAAUGGGCAUUUUUUGCAAAUCCAAACAAAAAGACAUAAUCCAUUAAAGCUAAAAAGCUCUUUAAAACAUUUAUUUCUUUGAUUCCAAAAAUAUUCAGAAUGCGAAAAGUCGACGUCGACCAACUGGAAUGCGAACAACAAGCUCGUCUGUUCCGGUAACGUUUCUUGUUUUUUUCUUCUUCUCAGAACCAGAAUUUGCAAUCUUAUCCUCAUGCUAAAUGAGCUUGCGAGCGUCAUUUUCACGAUAAAAAAAUAUUGAAAACUUCAUCGAUCAAACUUUUCUCUUUUACGAAUUUGUUCGUUGAUGCUUUCUGGUCAAAAUAUCCAUCUUUCUUCUUUUUUUUUCAUCAAAAAUAGAGGGUGGUACUGGAAAUUUGGGGAAAAAAAGCGGCUUUGGGAGAUUUAGGGAGCACAUUUGAAGCGUCAUCGAAACAAGCUUUUUGUUUAACUAUACAUGGCCGUGUUGAAUUUAGAAAAUGGUUUAAAAUUCAUGAGAAAAUCCUGAAACAUGGGGUGGAAAAAAGAAGCUUUCUACAUAUGGAAACUACGCUCUAACUUUUUUCCUUAGUAUCCACUCUCUCAAAACGGAGCCACCAAAUGACAAGUACUGAUUUAAAAAUAAUUUUAGUCCUGAGGUAUUGGCACCACAACUCAUCGUGGACACCGAGUCAAGGGCGGUACAGCCAUCGCUAAAAACUCGUCUUUCAAAUUCGAUUCCGUGGAAGACUUCGGUAAGAAAAUUUCUCGCAGAAAACUAUAGAUUACAGCACAGAAAGAUCAACUUUCUUAAAAAUUUAACAAGUCAUUUCAAAAACGGCCAGUGAAUAGAAGGGACCUAUCUUACAUGAUCAUUUUCAAUUAUACUCAUUCCGCGGCACUUGGAAAAAACUUUGGGCGCGCCCGACUCAAAACAGUUCACGCGAGUGAGUAUCUCGGAUCAGUGGAGCAAACUUACAAUGUUAAAGUAGGCAAUGAGGUCAUUUCCAACUGCCAGAAAUCCCGAAAUCGAUCAUAGCUCCGAACCGAGUUUUUAAUAAUAUUCCUUUCAUGCUUCACCACAAACUGGUCUCAAGGCUAGAACUAUCAUAAUCAAGGGAAAAACCUUAUACAUAACUCAACAUUUUGUCUAUCAAACAGAUUAUCGACUCUCUGAAGCCUGAAGUCGUCAGCGAGUUUCGUGGCAAACUCAACUUUGCCGUCGCCUUCGAAAAAGAGUGCUCUACGUUGCUUGUUCACCUCAUUGAAGCCGUCGACUUGCCCGUCAAAGAUUUUACAGGUGAAAUGAUUCUUUCCAAGCUUAAAAUGAGAUCGCUUGGCAAGCUCUCUGUAAUAACACAAAAAAAUAAGGAAAUUUUGCGAAAAAUAUGGAAGGAUAAAUAUGAAAAAAACUUUUAUUUCUAGGCAAAAAAAUUCAUAAUGUUAUAUCACAACUUUUCAGUUUCAAAAAUCUUGAAUUCCAAUCUUAAUAUAAAUGAAAAUAUUUGCUCCCCCCAAAGACCAAAAAAAUAUUGUUAAAAUAAUCAAGUUCUAAUAUUAUGAAGGCUCAUCGGAUCCCUACGUCCGCGUCUUCAUCCUACAAGACCCGCAGCGCUGCGAGACCAGCAAAGUCCACCGUCGCAACUUGAAUCCGAACUUCAACGAGGUUCUUUCGUUCCCAGGUACUUUCUGCUUGAACAGUUCCAGCAGGGUUGGAGAUUAUCUUCAGGACACUCGCUGAAGAAGCUCCACGAGAUGACGCUAGUGCUACAGGUGAUGGACUACGAUCGAUUCUCGUCGGACGAUCCGAUCGGCGAGAUCCUUUUGCCCAUGAAGAGCGUCAAGUUCGACAACAGUCCAGUUUAUUGGAAGCAUCUACAGAGACCGACAGUGUCCAAGGUGGGGACAAAAAAUAAAGAGUUAAAUACGAAGAGUUGGCGUAAUAAACUCUAUUUUCGAAAUUUAAAAAAGUUUAGAACACUAUUUGGUAAAAAUUGAUCCAAAUAAUCAUUUUGAAGAUCACAAAACAAAUCUAACGGUAAAGUUCAGGACAGCUGCGGCGAGGUGAUGAUCUCGCUUUGCUACCUGCCUAACGUCAACAAGAUCACCGUCAGCGUGAUCAAGGCGCGCGACCUGCGGAUGAAGGACAAACACCGGCAUUACGGUACCUUAAUAAUCACUGUGUAAUAAGAAGAAGGCUUUUGCAGAUACAUACGUGAAGAUGUGGCUGGUCCAGCAGGGAAACAAGCUGGAGAAGCGGAAGACGGCCGUCAAGCCGCACACCUCGCCCGUCUUCAACGAGUCAUUCGCCUUCACUGUUCCCACCAAAGCCAUCCUUCAAAACGACGUCAAUCUUGUAUUGACUGUGAGUUUCAUUUUCGAAUGAUUCACAGUAUUUCGUUAGUAUCUCUUUUCUGCGAUCUCUUUUUUUCUCGUGUUGGAGUUAUAUAAUCACGAUAAGCGUACGACUUCGCCGAUGAGGUGAAAAAGACGCAGAAAUACCAGACUGUUUCAAGUCGGGGGGAGCGGAUCUCUCAAUUUUACAGUUUCAUGGAUACUCGAGGUUUUUUUUAACUUACUAGUUUGAAUACCAAUAAUCAUAUUACUUUGAAAACUUUGUGGAUCGGCUUUUUUUUCCUUUAAAAAUCUGAACGUUAAAAGUUCUUUUCUCUUAAAACUCGCUUUCGGAGUUUAUUUCAUAGAUCCGACUUCUUUUGCAUAAAAAGUUUAUACGGAUUUGUGACUUUUCUAAAAAAUGAAAUAGCUUAUCUUCUAUUUCUGUCAACUUUUUCUUGUCACUUACUAUUUUCAACAACAAAAAAGGACUAAAAACAAUGAUCCAUAUAUACUCUUAUCUCAAAUAAAAAAAUGAUGAAGACGAGGAUUAACAUCAUCCGCACGUAAGACAAAGAGACCCUUUUCUCAUAAAUCAAAAGUUGAUCCCGACAUUUGUUAACACCUUUCGAAGCCCUUCAAAAUGUACUAAACCAAAUCCAAAAGUUUUUACGAGCAUCAAGAAAAAAAAAACUAUUUGAGGGAAAGAAAUUAAGAUUUUUUCAAGCCUAGAAGGGCAUUCUUAAAGAGAACUUCUUUCAUUCAACUUCAUACAUUUUCAAAAAUUUUCUGAAAAUUGCCAAAACUACCAUUCGCCAUAAUUAAAAGUAGCAAAAUCUCGUUUUUUUUUCUCGAAAACUAAAAAUUAGGCAAUUUGAAACUCUCACAAUUUUUCUGAUGCAUUUAGGAUUGUUAAGGCCCAGUUUGAGGUGAGUCGCAACCACAAAAAAAUACCUUCCUUGUAAAUUCUUGUUCUCAAAUAAUUGACUUGCGCAAGACAGUUUUUUUUGUGAAUGAACUGGGUUAUUCUCAUUAUUAUUAAGUGAGAUUUCCAGGUGAUGGACUACGACGUGAUCGGUAGCAACGACGAGAUCGGGCACGUGAUCGUCGGCAAGUUGGGCAGCGAACACGGAACCCGACACUGGGACGAGUUCCUGACGCACCCCGAGGCUCCGGUGGCCAUGUGGCACAAGCUCUGUCCCAAAUGGUGAAGGGGCACAAUAAAUGGCUGCCAUCCGAGACGACAAAACGGCGCCAAUUUCAACGGCGACGACGACGCCUCCGCACUGAUUUCCAGCCCUUUUGGCUGCUCCCCCCACGUCUCUUUAAUCGUUUCCCGCCACCUCCCAUUUUUUCGUACCGUUCUUCUCAUGUCGUCUUCAUCUACAGUACCUUUUCAUUGUUACAAUUUCAGUUCUCUCUUCUUUUAACUCGGAAAAUUUCUCUGUGAAAACCGUUGAGAGAUAGUGAAACAGGCCAUCCCCUGAGCUCGUUUCAAGGUUUUUAUCGAACCUAAAAAAAUAUUAAGCUGAUUUCUCUUAUUUUCCAUGUGAAUGAACUGGUUUUGAGUAAAACACCUUUGUUAAUAGAUUUAUACUGUUUUUCUGUCUUCUUUGUCAGAUUAUAAACCGUACCAUUUCUUCUAUCAAAAAAGACUCACGAAAUAAAUUACCCUUUCACUUCCGCUUCUUUUUUGAACUUCAAAUAGACUCUGAGUCUCCAGUCUCCUUUCUAGUACAAAUCACAGUUUCUAACAGCGUUUUUUUAAUAUCUUUUUCACACGCGUACGGUAGUAUGGUAAGAAACACAGUAACCUUCCCUCCUCAAGCUUAUUCUUAAAAACUAUUCUUCAGGUAAAUUAAUUAUGAAAAUUAAUGAACUCUAACUUUCCAACGUCUUUUUUUUGUCCCAAACACCUUCCUCAUCAGUAAGUUAGAAAAUUUAGCUGUCCCUUCACAUUGAUAGCCAAAAUUCUAGGAUAGUUCAUUCACAAUUAAUGUAGAUUUGAAAGCGCAGAAGUUUGGAUGACCCAAAAUAAAAUAAAAAAGGCUCUUCGCUUCGAAAUCCGUAUAAAAUUUGCCCACGCUCCUUCAAAAACUUUAGCAUUCUUUUCGUCUCUUCUUCAUCUUUUAUCUUGCCGAUUUCCUUUUAACAUCUGUCGAAAAUUGAGUUUAACAUCCUAACAAGCCACUCAAAAAAAAGAACUUCCCAACCGGUAAUAACUGAAGUCACACAGGUACCAAGCGGUUACCUAUCAAAAAACUUGAAAUUAAAAUAAAAAUUUCAACAUUUAUCAUCUUCAACAUCUAUUUUUAUCUUUGGACCAACCCACUUUUUCUCCGAGUUCUCCUUCUUUUUUAGUGAAUUAAACACCUUCAUAAAUGCUUAACACUUUGAAAGCCUUCUCAAAUACUUAGUAAACGGAGUUAUUUGUACAUUAUCAUGUUUUUCAUGCUUGAAUAAAAAAAUUGUUGUGUUAUUCAUCAAAAAAAGCACCAUAACAGAAAAAGAUAAGACUUCGCGUUCUAUGGAUAAUUGAAAAAAAAAUCGAAAUUUUUUAUCCUGUCUUUAAUCACUAUCCCUAAAUAGGGCGCAGGCCACGCCUGCGCCUAAAGCAAGUUUGGAAAGCAAUUAAAAACAGAUAAUUAAAUUUUUUUAUUUUAAUAAUACCUCCUCCUUUAAUUUUAAUUUUUUUAGGGGUGCAAAAUUUGACAAGCAUGACGUUGAAGAAACAAUUUUGAAAAAAAGAAGGGACGGAAAAAAAGUAGAAAUUUCCAGAUAUACUUUUAAAAAUUAAUUUCUUUUUAUUAAAUUUUAAGGAAGCAAUUUUUGAAAAAGAAAAAAAUGCCUCGGAGACUUAUUUUGGAAUUUUUUUGAUUCACCAGUUCUUCAAGAACACAGCAUAUCAAAUUAUUUUCCUUUUUCAAACUCCUUUUUAACUUUUAGAAGAGUAAAUAUCAAGAGUUUCCGCUUAAAGACCGUUUUCAACUUUAAAAAAAUUGAAUCGCUGAGAACAGCCAUAUCGUUUCAAAAACGCCGUGGUGCUACUGUAGCGGUAUUUUGGCGGGGAAAAAGGAGAGAUUUAAAAAAUAGUCUAUAAUAGUAAAAUAGACUAUCGUAUAUUUUUUUAAUUGGAAAGAGUCUCGAAAAAUAAAAAGUCCCAAAAGAUUCCCAUUUUUUCGAAAAAAAAAGAAAAGACUACAGAACUGAAAACCUUGCUAGAUUCGGGUUUUCACCCACUUUCAAGGAAAAUUUACUCAUCUCCUGUCUGUGAGAAUACUCCCACGAAAUUCGCCAUUGUGUAUCACCAAAAACACAUUCGAACGGACGAGAAAAAGGAGUAGAAAAAAAAAGAAAUGCAUUAUUGGUUGGGCGGAAGGUGGCCGAAUUUUUGAAUAUUUCAUGUCCUCUUCGACGUCCGCCAGCUAGUUUUCCUCUUGCCAUUUCAUUUUUUCCAAGGACUUCAUUGCUUUUUUGAUUUUUGUUUUUUUUUCUAGUUUUUGCUCAACUAUUCAACUCAAUACAUUCAAAUUUUUUUUACAAAAGUGAUUUUUUCUGUGACCGCUAGAUUACUUUUGCAUAAUCGGAUGCAAAGAACAAAAAAAUUUUUUCAGAGUGCCCUAAGCGGCUGUCUGUCCAUGUGGAAAUAUUUUUUUAUUCAAAAAAAUAUUCACACAGUUGUCAUUGUUUAAAAAAAUUUCGUCAGUCUAAAUUAGAAAUUUUUCAUAAAAAGUUUCACUCGAAAAACUCAGAAAAUUCAAGGAAAAAAAUAAAAAAAUUUAUUCCUCCAAUCAAAACAAUAAAAGAGCUAAUAUAGCUAAAAAAAUGAAACCACAAAACGCGAAAUUCUCCAAAAAUUGUCUCCUCAUGAGAUUUUUUUGGAAGGUUAUUGGAAAAAAAUUUUCAAAAAAAUUGGGAGUAUUCUUUUUUUCUUGAUCUUCAGUUUGUUUCGAAAGAAAAUUUUCCUACUGAAAAAUCUUUCGUUUCCUUUGAAUACAUUUCCUUCGAAAAAAAUUAACGAUCCUUCAUUUUUUUAUAGAGCUAAGAGCGGAAAAAAAGUCUAAAAAGAUCUAGAAAAUGAACUUCUGAAAAAAAAACCAAAAACAGUUUUUUUCUGGGAAAAAGAGAAAAAAUUAAAUUUUUGCAUUUUUUCUUUGUCGAAGAUUUGAACAAAAUUCAGUGCAUAUGCAAUUGAUAGCAUUAAAGCCUGAGCAAAAUGUUUUUUUUCAAAGAGAGAAAUCCAAUUUCUUAGUUCAAUCGCUCAUUCCGCCCUGUAUUCAAUCUUCGUUCUUUCCGAUUGAUUGAUAACAAGAAACGGGAAAACAUUUGGCUCAAAGGCAGUUGUCCAGUUCAGGUCGGCUGCCUUUUUUUGAUUGAUGAUUUGGUACAGUCAAAGCAAAUUGCUAACAAAAUAUUGCACUUGGUUCAUUUUUCCUCGUCUCCAAAUUCAAUUAAGUCCUGUUUAUUUGAUUUAUUGAAGACACGGAAGUUUAUUAGCUCGAUUACAGUACUUCCUAAAGCCCUUUAAAGGAGCAUGGGCAACUUAACAAAAAUUUCUCGAGACGUCUUCUAGAAUUAUUUCAGCUCAGGCAAGACUGGUGCGCCUUUGAAAAUUCCAUGAAACCUUCCUAAUGGAGCUGUAUAAGUUUUUAACCUCAUAGUCUGUUUGAAAACCGUUUUCGGCGAUCUCAAGAGUGCGCACCACCAAAAGGAGAACAGAAAAAGAUUCUUCGCCUCGAGACCUUUACGAAAUUUGCAUCUGCUCCUUUAAAAAAUUCAGCGACAAUUUUGGAACACACCUUAACUCAAAAACAAGAAAUUAUGAAAUAUCCGAUUCGGAGAAAGGUGCGGCGACAUAAAUUAGAAUGAAUUAACUGGAAGGCCGAGUUAUUGAUAUUUUCGCGUUUUUUAUUGCUAAAAGCCUUAAAAAAUCUUAGCGUCAGGUUUCUUUUUGGACAAGCAGUUUAGUGACCACUUAAGUGGUAUUUUCGGCUUUUUUAGUAAUCCCUUAAGAGACCAGGAUCGCCUUAGUGCAACCAGUGUGUUCGAACAUUUUGAAGCAAUUACUUUAACAUAUUUUGUGAACUCCCAUUCUCAUGAAAAUUUCGAUUUCGAAAUUGAUUAUUUAUGAAAUCGUUUUGUAGCUUUACUAAUCUGCUCGAUCCUUCAUUUUUUUUUUUGUUAAAUUAAAAAACGUACUGCAGGUUUUCCACCUGACGGUCGACAUCACGGUUUUUUUGAUGCGCGUCUGACGUCGGGCGGCUCCGCGGCUGAAAUGGCGACCAACGAGCAGGCUAUUUCCACACUCCACACUCUUUUUAUUAUCGUCUACCUGCAGGUUUUUCAAUGUAUAUACAUAGGUCUCAAAAAAAAAAACUAGAGGAUGAAGAUUCGAAACAAAAUGUAAAACUUUUUCGUCCUAAAUAAAGCUCUGAUUGAUUGUAAGCCAGCUCGAGUCUUUUUAUUCAGAAACCUCUACAAACGGACUUCAUAUGUUAGCAAAAAAAUAAAUCAUCUAAACAGUUUUGAAGGUCUAUGAAUAGCAAAAAAACCGGGAAAAAAAUAAUGAAAUAAAAUGGAUCGACCAAGUUUCAAAAAAACAUUUAUUAUAAAAAAAUUUAUUUUUUUAUUUUUUUAGUUCAAGGAUUUUUAGAUCAGCUUAUCAUAUUUAUUAUAGUUUUUUUAAUUUAAAAAAAUCUCUUCAAAGCUUAACGAAACAUUUUGAUUUUUUUGACGCUAAAAUUUGAACAAUAGGUUUUCGAGAAGUAAUACAUUUAAUAGUUAGCGCAAACCUUUUAUUCAAAUCGCAAAGCAGGAUAUGGAACAAUAAUAAAGGCGGAAAAAUUAAAAAAAGUUAAAAAAAUUAAUAAAUAAAUCGAUCUGAGAAAGCGCCAGUGCACGACCAAGACGCCAAUCAAUACUCAUUGGCAUUUUUUUGCUUCAUAAAUAUAAUUCUGAAAAAUCACAUAAUUUAUAUUUUAUAUUCAUUUUUUUCGUCUUCUUACAAGCAAAAUAUGCUCGAAACACUAUUUUUUAACUUGCCAUUUUUCGAUUAAAAACAGGAGCGCUUUCUGAAUUUUUUUUAUUUCUUCUGGAUUCAAGUUCAUCAAAAUUGAUUCCAGGAGCUCGCGUGGAUCUGUGCACCUUUGCUUAUCAGCGCCAACGUAUUUCUUCACGCCUGCAUACGUCGAUUUUCCUUUGGUAAGGCCUUUUCGCUUGAAAGUUUUAGCAAGCAAUUUUAUUUCAGAUUCGCUACUCUUCUCGGGCGUCAUAUUUGGUUUUUUCUUCACCUCGGGACUCGGCCUGACGGUUUCGCUGUACCUGGCGCACACGGUAGCGUUGAAGCACAUCCGUCCGAGUUAUUUCCUGCCCUACGCCUUCUUCAAAGGCUUCCGCGUCUUGACCCUAGCGCUCAGUGAGUCUCCUGAUAUUUUCAGAAGACGAAAAAGGUAGGAAUUGUAUAUACAUUUUUCCAAUAGCAGAUGUUCUUUCGGCGAACUCUAGGCCAUUUAGUGGUCACUUUAGUCGUGUUAAAGACUCUUCAUUGUUCAAUCAUAAGUUCAGAACCUUCCUACGGUUUCAUCUGCUCUCAUAGAAGUUUUAAUUUAAAAAAAUUUGAACUUUUGGAGCUCAACUUGUUAGACUAUUCCAUAUUUAAAAAUUCCAGCUUCAUUCGUGAUUCUGUUCUCGCCAACUCUUAUCAAAACCUACUUCUACGCGAGCAUCUACGGCCUCUUCGAGACGAUCGCGGGCGCUGUGGCACUUGAAGUAAUAGAAAAACUUUGAAACCAUUUAAUCCACCAGGGUUAACUUCUUAGAAAAAUUAAAAAAGAACUCGAUCGAGUUUUUUCAGCUGUUAUCUCAGACCUCGGUUACACAAAUCGGACGUUUCUGAGCCUUUCUAGAGCUCACUUAAGAGUGCUGACGCCGCUAAACUGAUGACUAGGAAUGCUCUAGGCAUUAGGGAUCAUUUAGGAGUGCUGACACAGCUAAAGCAAUCCCUAUAAAUGCUCAGAAGAACGAGUCCGCUUUGCGUCAGGCCCGAGAUUUUGGAUCAAAAAGGCAAUUCCUAGUCUAAUUUUUGAGCGGCUAUAUCAGAUUCUUGUAAUCAAAUUGAGCUUUUCCAGGUGACGAUCAGGUGUUGGCGCGAAGCCAAAAGAAUAAAAAGCGCCGGACGCCGACGUCAGUCCAACGCAGACCUACCGCCGGCUCUCUCCAAAACCACAUUCAUCAACGAUACCUAG